UACAGUACGUUCUCUUGGUGAUUUUCAUAAUUUCUGAAAACACGUCUGCAAAUAUUAAUGAUAUCGACUCCGUGCGAAAAGUGACGUCACGUCGAACCCGCAAGCUUUCCAAUAACAGAACCACUAGACUAAUAUUCUAUACAGCGAUUCCUGCUACAGAAUAUUUUAUCAUCAAUUCUAACUCUACUACACAGCGACGUCACACGGUGGUAGGAACAACGCCCGGAAUUUAUUUUCAAAUCUUGGUUCCUGUAUGUUUAAAAUUUAGUGCAGUGUUUUGGGAAUAAUAGCAGACGUGAUGACACCGCGCCGUAGGUUGGAUGUAAACGGGGCACCCGAGUGAAACAAAACUUAGGGAAUAUAACGUAUGCGGUUCCUAUAUUCGCACGAACCAAGCCCGUAAAGAAUUCAGCGCUAUCUAGGUCGUGUAUUUAGUGGCUUAAGUUAGGAAUGUAUAUUUAAUCAUUUAUGGAUAUAAUCAAAUCAACAAGGGCAUAGCAACCUUUAAUAAAGCCCCUUGUGCGGUCAGAAGGGGUUUGUGAUAGAUAGGGGUUCCCAGGUUGCCUUAUUUUUGUAAGAAGUGUGCCAAAAUUCUUUAAAAUCAAUCAUGGGGUGUACAUUGAGUGCUGAGGAUCGGUUGGCUAUGGAGCGAAGUAAGGCGAUUGAAAAGGGAUUAAAAGAGGAUGGAAUACAAGCAGCAAAAGACAUCAAGCUCCUGCUGUUGGGCGCAGGAGAAUCUGGAAAGAGCACCAUUGUAAAACAAAUGAAAAUUAUUCACGAGGGUGGAUUCACCUCUGAAGACAACAAACAAUUUAAACCUGUUGUUUACAGUAAUACAAUUCAAUCAUUAGUAGCCAUUAUACGUGCGAUGGGGACGCUGAAUAUUCCAUUUGGCGCAAAUGAAAGAGAGUGUGUUUUUCAGUCCGAUGCAAAAAUGGUGUUAGAUGUAAUUGCACGUAUGGAAGAUACAGAACCGUUUUCUGAAGAUCUGCUUGCUGCCAUGAAAAGGCUGUGGCAAGAUGCCGGCGUUCAGGAAUGCUUUGGACGAUCUAAUGAAUAUCAGCUUAAUGAUUCAGCGAAAUAUUUUCUCGACGACCUUGACCGAUUGGGCGGCAAGGAUUAUAUGCCUACUGAACAAGACAUAUUGCGAACGCGAGUUAAGACAACUGGAAUUGUUGAAGUCCAUUUCUCUUUUAAAAAUUUAAAUUUUAAAUUAUUCGAUGUAGGAGGUCAGAGGUCAGAAAGAAAGAAGUGGAUUCACUGUUUUGAAGAUGUGACAGCUAUUAUUUUCUGUGUAGCAAUGAGUGAAUAUGACCAAGUCUUGCACGAAGAUGAAACAACCAAUCGUAUGCAGGAAAGUCUGAAACUGUUUGAUUCCAUUUGUAACAACAAGUGGUUUACCGACACAUCUAUAAUUCUGUUCCUGAACAAAAAGGAUUUGUUUGAAGAAAAAAUUAAGAAGUCAUCACUUACCGUUUGUUUUCCGGAAUAUACAGGCAAGAAUACCUACGAAGAAGCGGCUGCCUACAUCCAGGCCCAGUUUGAAGCGAAGAACAAAAGUUCAACGAAAGAAAUUUACUGUCACCAGACGUGCGCCACUGAUACAAACAACAUUCAGUUUGUAUUUGACGCGGUUACUGAUGUAAUUAUAGCUAACAAUCUUCGAGGAUGCGGCUUGUAUUAGAGAUUCUGACCCCAUUCGUCAGGGUCAAAGUAUGUGGGAAAUAUUGAUUGGAUUUCAGAUUAUGUGUGCUAAACUGAGUAAUGUCGUCUGUUAUUCACCAUUUGAAACGGUUCGCUGGUUAAAAUUUGAAACUGUGGUAACAAGAUGAAAAUUCGAAACCGCGGUUUUCAUAUAAAACGUUGAUAAAUGUGACCUUUGACAUCAGUGUUAGCAUUCAACUGACCGUGAAUCAACCAAGACUGGUUGUUAAAUGCUUGUUUUUUAACAACACAUUUAUAGGUGAUUUAAAAUUCACUGUCAUGGCCUUGAGAAGUUGAAAAAGUGCGGUCCAUGAUUUCUUGGAUUUAUAACAGGCAUCCUUAAUUGGAAGGGAGUGCGAGCUCCAUAACGUAAUUUUUAUAUAUGGUGGUGUUAUGAUGCUUCUUGUGACCAAAUAUUUAUUUGUGAUGUCUGACCAUGUAUAGUAGCGCGCCCAUUUCCGGUACAUUUGUAUCCGGGCAUUUUGCUGUUAAGCUACUAUAAAUAGAUUUAUUGAUUUUAUUGCGAAAUGUCGAAGACUUCUCGUGUCGCAAGUUGUUGUGUAUUUAUUUAUCAUAAUAAUUGUGCGAGUGUUCAUGCCACAUCGUGUCAUUAGUAGAAAUUUGGGAGUCGCGUGCAUGUUAUAUGAAAAAAGAUAUUGUCUUUGUAUUUUUCUAUAAUUUUGAUCAAUAUGAGUGAGUGAGGAAGCCUAUAUAGAUCUAGUUUUAAAAAUUAUUAUUUUGCAGUUUAUAAUCGGCAACAUAGAUCUACCUACUGUGCAUCAGCGCUUCGUCAUGUGACAUCUUUAAUUCUGAUUAUUUUUAAAGACCUAUAAUGGACGACAUAACAUUAAAUAUUUAUCAACUACCCGCAUAAGAUUUGAUGUACUUAAAAACUGCCAAACAAAUAAAAUAACAUAACGAAAAUCACGAACGCUGUGAACUUCGAAAGUACUUGGCACAUAUAUGUGUUUACAAAAUCAUAAAUAAGAACAUGUUUCCGUUAACUAAUAACUACCAAAAAUUCAAAUGAAAAUUUAAACAAAUAGGUGAGCAGUAUCUUUGUACCAGAAUCAGGAACAAAACGAUCUAAUAAGCCCAGCCAAAGUAUCAAGAGCAGGUACAUACAUGUAUUAACAAAGUAGUCCCAAUUUGGAUGUCACAUCAUUUCAUACUGUAAAGUAGAAUUCAAUUUAGAUUUCAAAAUUAUGUAUAUCGAAUUCUUAUAUAUCACAAAUAUUAAUAUUUUGAUUGGUAUUUCAUUUUGGUAUUCCUUGUCCUUAGGUCGUAACAUAAAUUCUUUAGUCUUUCAGUAUGUUUGCAUGGCAAGGAUUUAUAGGAUUAAGAUCUGCUUUGAGGUCAUUGUACGAUCCUUAAUUGGCCCUUUUGAUAUGAAAAAUUUAAUGAACUGAAAAAACAACUGACUGUUCACAAAGAUCAACAAAACUUAGAAUUGGGGAAAAACUUAACAAAAGCUGUUAAAUUGUUUCAUCAGAUACAGUACAUUCAAUAUGAAGUUUUUUCUAAUAAGACAGUAGACCUUAAUGAAAAAUUGCUACGCCUUUGUAGUCAAAGGAACGCGUUGCCAUCGUGCAAAAAGGCAUGUAAAUUUACUUUACAACUGACGUGCAGUACUCAGCGACCAUGUGAUAUAACCGGUUUUUGCAAAUAAAUGUACAUUUUUUCUAGUGCAUUUAAUGCAAUGUAUGCCUACCUAUGAGCAAAUAGUGCUUACAGUUAAGACACUUGAAAGAAGGAGCUUAACUUUGGAACGCCAAUUUUAGGACAGUGGUAAUUCUCGUUGCAUUUUUUAGCUUUGUAAAGAGGAUACGAAAUCUGUUUUGAAUCUAAAACUAUCAUGAAGCCCAGACUUUGAUGUUUUAUAAAUGAAAGGCUAUUUCUUGUGCUUAAUGUUGUAUACAUGUGUGUUAGAUUUUAAACUCGAUGAGUGGACAGUUAAGUAGUAUAAAAGUGUGAUGAUAUUUCAAACUUUGUAAAAGUAUACAUGUAAUAAAUAUUUGUACAUGUGUACCUGUUUUAAUAGCUUAAAUGUUGCGAAUGAUUUUAUAAAUCAUCUUUUUACAUAUGGUGUAUCUAUUGAAUUAAUUAUUUGAUGUUAUGGUAGAAGUAAAGGGACCCCCGAAAGGUCUGUAGCACAAGUUUAACCUAGUACUCAAAUGUUUUAUAAAUGCAUAUGAAUAUAAAUGGUUAAAGGAUUUUUUAAAACAGAAUAUUAUUACAUUGAUAACAUUGCUCGAAAAUGAUCACAUUGUUCUAAAAUAAGUCACCGGUCACGUGAGGUGAUUGGACCAUGGGCCAUCUUUUCCAUCGUUUCAUCCACGAAAUUUUCGUGCAAGUGUUAAAAUAUACUCUACUUAUUUAUACACGUUGUAAGUAAAUAACAAAAAUCGUUUCAGUUCAGUGUUGUUUCUAUAUGGUUUAUUAUAUGGACACAUCAACUUUUCAAGAAGGGUGUGUUUCUAAUGAAAAAUGUGUCGUUUUCACGUGAUGUGUGACAUGUGCAAAAAAACAUGCAAAGGCUGAAAAUAUAAAAUAAACAUAAAUGUACUUCUUUGACCACGACCCAUUUUAUGCAAAUUUACCAUUUAACCAGGAAAUAACAGGAAAAUAUAGAAGAAUAGUAUCCAAGUCUGGGUGAUUUAUUACGGAAACACAAUUGGUGCAUGUUUACUCUGCAUAGUAUGUGAGCCGAUACAUUUCCAAAGUUAUUAAUAUAGCAUUGAAUUUAACCAAAAUAUUUCAGAAAAAGAAAGUGCUAGUCUGGACUUGUGAGGUUAUUUCGUGACUCACAUAAAUUGCCUAUCUUAUAACUGAUAAUGCAAACAUGUUCUGAUAUAAAUGGCUUGUUUUAUCUAACAUCUUCAUAAUUAUUUGCUUUGAGACCUGAAAUAUAAAGGAAUAAUUGAUUAUUAUUUAUUCAGUACAUAUUAAUUGUUUUAAAUUAAACCGACACAAGGUUUCUAUGUUUUGGACACUACGACGCCGACAUGAUUCCAUAUAAAAUCUGAUUGGUUUAUUACCGAAAAUCAAAAUUUGAAAUGGACCAAUCGUAGAUAACAAUUUUCAGACUGGUUUUCAAAAUUUGGUUUUAUCAAUCUUAGAAACACUUUCAGAUACAUUGACCCAGUCUCGCCAACUGCUGAGUUACAAUUGCCUUAGUCAGUAAUUUCUAUUCCAUUUUUCACUUCAGUGAUUGGGUCAUGCGUUUCAAGUAUUUAGUGGUGUUUGUUCAUAUACAAAUUCAUAUUUGUUUUGGUUAUAAAAAUAGAACUUAAUGUAUCUACGUCAUUUCCGUGUCACGUGACAAUUUUUUUAAAAUAGUCUAAGGGCGCGUUAGCUGAGAAGAUAUUCUAUUCUAAAAUAAUCUAGAUAUAAAAAUGGCCGAGUAUCCGUACUUAAACUGCUCUACUUGUGUGUUCAUUUUCGUGUAUAACGUUGGUUUUAACCAGAAACAUAUGUUUUUCCAUUUUUUUCUGCUCAUCUUUUCAAGAGUUUAGUGAUUUAAAUUAUUUGAUCAUAUUUAGAUAUUAAAAUAGACAGACAUAUUAAUAAAUAUAAUUGUUUACAAACAUGCUUAUAAAUAUGUUCCAAUAUUUAUGUUUAAUUCUACAUUAUAAUAUAUUUAUUUAUUUAAAAAUGUGCAAUAUCUAGUUAAUGUUUAAUUAAUUUUAUAUUAGUACCUGGCCUAUCCUUUACAUGGGUCAUGUUCUUUAUUAUUUUUAAUGGACGUGGACACUUUGUUUGUCCGUUAUAGCGCGAUACCUCUGAAAGCUUCAGGACAAUAAUUACUAUAAAGGCAUAUUAUGUCUUGGGAACGAAUAGGAUUUUCAUUCUCAGGCAGUUAAAUGAUGGUUUCAGAUCAAGUUAAUGCUAAUUACCUGAAGAAAAUAGUGCUGGAUGUGAAAUUAUUUGUCAGAAAAGUAGCAUAAUUUAAGCAAAGCAGUAUUUUGACUUUCAUUCAAAAUUCUGAAUCAUAAUAAUUGUACUAAUUGCCAAAAAGCAACAGAAGCAAAUAAUUGGCAGGUGUGUAACCUUUUGGAUAUAUUAUUAUGGGACAUAAGAAAUAAUUAGCUUCUGAGAAUUAAACAUAAAACAUAUCGGGGCAUAAUGGGCCUUUAAAUUAAACUUCAUUAGAAAGAGAAAUAAUGAAAUUAACUUCUUUAAAAGAUUAUGUCAUUGAGUUAAUUUAUAAGCAUUUUGUGUUUUUGAAAACAAGCACCAACAAUUUAAAUAUGAAAAGAAUUGUUUAGAUAGUUAUAGAGCUUUAUAUAAGAACAGCCAUGAAAAGAUUUCUGAUUUGUCCUGCCUGAUCUAUGUUUGUUCUACUAAGGUUUCAAUUUAAAAUUUAUCUCUUUUUUUCUUUUCAUUUUGUAUUUGGUAUAUGAAGCCUUGGAGAUGCGCUGUAUUUUGUAUAGGAAUACGUCUAUUUUUGUUUGACCCGUAGACUGCCGGCGGCAACUGGUCCUACCCAUUGGACCAGUCCGUCUGAUCAUGGUCUGAACUGUUUUGGUCAAUGUUAUGAAAUUUUCCCUAAAAAUGAUGAAUGGUUUUGUCCAAAUUGAAAGAUGGGCAAGUCCAUUUAACAUAUUUAGCGUGGCAAGGAUUAAAAGAAGCUCAAAUGACUUUAUAUUUAAUGAAUUUUAUUUUAUUCCUAGUCUUUUGUUCAUUUACACUUCAUAUAUUGUGUUUGUUGCUGUUAAAAACCUGACACAAACAAAAAUACAAGACUUUUAAUCUCAUCGCUGAAAACAAAGUUUCAUUUGAUUUUCUGAUACAAAUUUCAAAAGGCCAAAAUGCUGAACUAUAUGUAAAGAUUUUCAUGUAGAUAUGAUACUUUUCUAUGCCAUAAAGUACAAACUUCAUCAUUUUUUAUUUAUAUUCUUAUAUUUGUGUUCAUGUAAAUAUGUUCGUACAACUAUUGAUAAAAUAAAAAUUGCUUUUCCAACAUAUUCGGACAUUCGUAUUUCCAACAAGUUUGUUUCGUGUUGUUUUUUUUUAAUUUUACACAUUAAUAAAUUCCAUGAAUAAUUGCAAACUCAAUAUUUUUUUCUGUACCAUAAAUUCGACAUUUGAAAUGAAAAGGUGGAACAACUUAUAGGAGGAAAAAAAGAAAUUAGAUUUUUCAUGAGAUUAGAUUUAUUAUGUAGGACACUUCUCUAUCUAUAGUUAAAUACAUUUGUAACACAUUUUUACAAAGACAGAGAAGAAAACAAUAAACUUAUGAAAAAAAAGAAAGUUGCCAUCCUACAUUUUGAGUUAUCUGCCCAUUAAAAUGAGAGGGUUUUUUUUGUAAAUUCUUUUUUCAUGUCUCUAAGGCACAAUACAUAUUAGGAUUAGGUUUUAUGAAUGUGAAUUGUUUAAAGGUGUAUUUAGACAACAAAUUGCAUGAUUUGAAAUGUUUUUUUAUAAUGUAUCAGUAAAUAUUUAUAAACUUGUAUAUCUGAUGGUGGAGUUUUGAAUUUCUAAGUUAGUAACCUACUUAAGCAUAUACUUCGCAUACUAAAAUAGUUUAUAUUGUAUAUUAAAAUUUACUUUGAAUACUAAAAUUUGUAUGCAUUGUAUGUAAGAUUUACUCCGCUUUACUGAAAUAGUAUGCAUUGUAUUUUAUGUUUACUUUGCAUGCUAAAUUAGUAUGCGUUUUAGAAGAUUUAAGCUUUACAGAUAAAUGUUUCUUAAAUGUGCAUACUAAAAUAGUAAGCAAAAGCAUACUAAAACAGUAUGCUUAAAAUAUUUUUUAAAAAUCUUUGCAUAAAUAUAUGUAACGUACUGUACAUGAAAUUUACUUUGUAUACUAUUUUUGGUGUGGAAUCUUUUUGAUGAAAAAAAAACAAAAACAACAAAUUUUUAUUAAGAACAUAGAUAGCAAGCGAGAUAAAUAAACUUUAUUUUGCAUGAAAAUAGUAUGCUCUGUAUGUUAAAUUUUACUUUGCAUACUAUUUUCAGUUUGUACUCUUUUUUUUAUAAAAUACAUUUUGCAUACUAAAACAGUUUACACUAUUCGUUUAAAAAUAUUGUACAUGAAUUUAGUAUGUACUGUACUAUUUUGUAUUUACUUUGCAUACUAAUGUAGUAUGCAAACAUAUUUGGGGAGAAUAGUCACUUUGCAUACUGAAAUAGUAUGCAUAGUAUAUUAAAAUAUUACUUUGCAUGAAAAUAGUAUGCGUUGUAUUUUUUACAUUACACUGCAUACUUAUUCAAUAUACGUUGUAUGUGAGGUCAAUAAAUUCUGUAAAGGUUAUAUAUUAACUUAUUUAUGUACUUUAAGGGCAGUACAUAUGCCAGUAUAGAAAAAAACUUAACUUGUAAAUUUGUACAAUAGGUGUGCUUUCAUUUGUCUACAUGUUCUAUUUCAUAAUUAUUGUGUGUAAUGUAUUCUUAUGAAAAACAGAUAAUAUUGCUUUACCUUAGUCGACUUUUUUUGAUUCGUACAUGUGCUCUACAAGUAAGUCCACGCGUAUGAAUGCAUUUGUUAUCUGUGAAACUUAUGACCGUUUUUACUCUGGUGUUAUUAUUUAAGCUAAGUCUUAAGUGACGCUUUGAAUCUGCAUCCACACUUGUACAUGCUUUAUGUGAACAAAAUUGAUAUUUAGAUGUAACUAUUAUCAGUAACUUAAUUUAUCAUGUACGCUAACAUGUGUAUAUUUCAGUUCUCUAAAAAUCCAUUCUGUAUAUCUGACGUCAUCGCAAAUGAUGUCAUUCAUGGUUUCCAUGGCAAUGCGAUGACGUUUCAGCGCGUUGCCAUGGUGAUCACCAUCAAUAUCAGACCAGCUGAUACAAUGUAUGUUUAUAUGAACAAAUUAUGUCUGUGACUGUUAUUGUCUAUCUAUCUCUAACAUUAACUUGAAAUAAAAACUUAGCAUUUUAUGAAAAAAAAA